AUGGAGUCAGCCAAGGAGGCGGAGGACAGCAUACCAUGGCAAUUAUCUCUGAAGGGCCCAGCUGUUGAAGUCAUCGACUUGCUUUCGAGGGAAGAAGAUCCUCCAUUGGUCUCGAGUAUCAAGCCUGAAGCAACGCGCGACGCGUCGAAUGAAAAUGAAGACGGCACGGACGGCAGCGACGCCGAUAGUCAAUUGUCACUCUAUGCAGACUUGCUGAAUGCCGAUGAUAAUGAAGAGGUGGAUGUAAAUGGCGGCGAAGCUUGCACAACUGAAGAGUCUCUCACAUUCAGAAAGCGACUAAGACUUCUUGGCGAACGUCGCUUCAUUGAAGAAACCAUCGAAUCCGGAGCGAUCACUUCAAAGAAGCUCAUCACUGCCUUCGGCAUCCGUCCACCUUUCUUUCUAGAAGGUCAACCAGACGAUGCCUACGAUCAGCUCCUUCAACUAGCUAUAAAUCGCGAACUCUCCAAACGCAACAAGCUCCCCCAGUACAACACCAUCACGGACGUAGUCGAUCUCCUCCAGAAAUCCCAAAAUAUCAUUGUCCUUACCGGGGCAGGCAUCUCUACUUCCCUCGGAAUCCCUGACUUCCGUUCGAAAGAAACAGGUCUCUAUUCUCAACUCGCGCAUCUCGGUCUCACCGACCCACAAGAAGUCUUCGACAUCUCCCUUUUCCGCGAAGACCCAACAAUCUUCUACACCGUCGCAAAAGACAUCUUUCCUUCAUCAACAAAAUUCUCGCCUACCCACGCCUUCAUAAAGCUCCUUCAAGACAAGAACAAACUCCUUACAAACUUCACCCAGAACAUCGACAACCUCGAAUCUCACGCUGGGAUCUCCAAAGAAAACUUACUUCAAUGCCACGGUUCCUUCGCCACAGCCACCUGCUUAGAAUGCGCCCAACGCGUCCCCGGCUCCGCCAUCCACACCGAUCUCAAAGCCGGCAAAGUGGCGCGUUGCGAUGCCUGUCUUGCCCACAUCCGUCGCCUGCAAUCAGCGGGCGUGAAGAGAAAGCGCAGCCCGCAAAGCAAUGGCAAACCGCGCAAGAAGCGGCAGGAGUGGGAAGACUCUUCGUCUGGUGAGGAUGACAACGUGGCUGUCGCUGGCGUCAUGAAACCGGACAUUACAUUCUUCGGAGAAGAUCUGCCGGACGCGUUUCAUGAGCGGCUUCUCAAUCAUGAUAGGAAAAAGGUGGAUUUGGUGCUUGUGAUAGGCACUAGUCUAAAGGUCGCGCCUGUGAGUGAGGUUGUGGGUGUUAUACCAGGGGACGUACCGCAGGUAUAUAUCAAUAGGGAUCCAUGUGGACAUGCGGCGUUUGAUGUGGAUUUGUUAGGGAAUUGCGAUACCAUCGUGACGGAGUUGUGUAGAAGAGGCGGAUGGGAAUUGGAGCAUGAAAUGGUCAGUGAGGAGAAAGUGAGCGUGGAGAUGUGCGAAGGGUUUGAAUCGAGGUGGAAUGUGAAGAUUGAAAACAAGUAA